AUGUUUGGCCUCAUUAUAUCAGGACGUCCCGUGUACGCGGCACCGCAAGCCAUAACCGAAGCCCAAUACGCGUUCAGGAUACCGCCAGCACCAGCAUUCAGUCACAUUGUAGUCUUCAUGCUACCUGGAACCCAACUACCUCCUGGAACCGCCGCAACAGUAUUUAUACAGAUUCCGCCCUCACAAGAAUUCAAGCUGCUUGGUGGCAUUGGACCCGGAAAGGAAAGCGCCAUUUUCAAGGUCAGCGGACUGAAAGCCGGUGGAGUGAGCGGCGAUGUCAUGAUCGACGAUGCUUCGGCUAAUGUCAACGGAGCUGUGACCGGCGACAUUGUGGUUGGAAUUUCGAUCGAGCCCGAGGCGCAAGUUGCAUCACAACUUGCCACGCUACAAUCUGGAGGGCAGACAUCUCACGAACAGCAGACUUCCAAUGCCAUGGUCAGGCUUACUUCCUCUCCGGCCGGCRAAGCUACGACGAAAGUGCUGGCCCAGAGGAUCAUCGGAAAUGCGUUCAACUUUCUGGCAUCUUUUGGAAGCGAUACUGUUCCGUUGAAAGCCUUCCAAGACUGGUGGACGAAGUUCGAGAAGAAAGUGGAGCUGGAUCCGUCGUUUCUGGAGAGGGAGRAAUAG